GUAUAUUUUUUUUUUAUAUUUUUAACUUUAAACCCUAAUUCAUUUCCUACUUUCUUUCUCUCUCUACACCAAGAACAUUUGAGAAGCUCUCUCACUUCUAACACACCUAGCCGCCGUCACCACCACCACCACAACUCAGUCUGUUUCCGACCUUGUUUAGUUGUUCAACCAUCACCAUCUUCAUCCUCUCCUUCUCAUCUAAUUUUUCUGUCAACUUUAUUCUCAGAUCCAAAACUUUUUUAGAUUUUCCAACCGACACCUUUCUGGUUAGAUCUUGACCAUCCUUGAUUAUCUUUUAAAAAAUCAUCACCAUAUAAAAACUCCCAUCCAUCUUCUCUUCAAAACCCACAAAAAAAAUUCAAGAUAGGAACACAUUCGUCGGUGGCCAUCUUCUCUUAUACAUCCAAGAUCAACAACAACAAUAGUCUGUUUGAAGUUGUUGGAAAGAUAAGAGAUGAAAUCAUAAAAAUGAAAAAAACAAAAAAACGUGGUGAUAUUAUCAUUGGAGAAAUUGUAUCAAAACUAAAUAUGAGAGUUAUUCUUCAUACCUUGAUCUUGAUGUAACUUUGUUGAGUUGAAGUUCAAGAAAAAAAAUUAUUUAGUAAACAUGAUAUGAAAGAAAAAAAAGACAAGAAAAAAUGAGUAUAGAAAAAUGGGUUUGAUCAUCAUACUCGCGUUGUUGUUGUUGUUUGAUAGCGUUGAAUAUCUUCAUUUUUUCUGCAAAACACAAAAAUUAAGUUAGUAGAGAAGUGUAGUUAAAGAUGAGGAGAGAAAGAAGCGAUAAGGGAGAAGUUUUAAAAAUGAGAAUGAGUAUAUAAUGAGAUGUCAAUUAUAAAGAGUGAGAAAAUUUUAUAAAUUUGAAUUUGAAUGAAAAGGUGCAAGAGUGGGAAAAUUUUAUAAAUUUGAAUUUGAAUGAAAAGGUGCAAGAGUGAGAAAUGUAUUGUCAGUUUUGUCUUUUACUACCAAAAAGUUCUGAUUUGACAUAAAGGUGGCAAUUGGAUUUCAAUUUCAUUAGUUCAAUGCCAACUAUGGCUUGCCUUUCGGUUAACUUUUGUCUCACAAAAGGAGAAUAUGGCUUAGUUAGUGAGCCAUAUGGCUCAGUUACACAACUUUUUAGUUCAGUUUGAAAAUUUUUGGACAACAAAUGCCCUUGUUUUGGACAUGUGGCAGAUUUUAAUGAAGGGUUAUUAUUGUCUUUACCAGGGUUUGAAAUGUGGAAGGAGAAUGGAGCAUUCUGAAAUCGAUUUAGCUCCUAUUUCCAACGGGGAACAACCCCAACUAGUUUCUCACGAAGAUUCUUCUUCCCCUGUUGUUGAUCAUUCUCCACCGUCAGAUCUCAAUCAAACGGCUGAGAAUCAUAUUGAUCAUGAUGAUACACUUGCUGUGGAGCUUCAUGAUAAGUUGGAUUUGAAGAUUGAAGAUGAAAGGGUUGUUGAAACUGAUGAUAAAGUUUCCAACUUUAACGAUGGUGGUGAAGUUUGCGUUGAAGAAGAAUCUGUUAAGGGUGAAGUAGUAGUAGAAGAAGAAGAAGAAGAAGAAGAAGAUUCUGUUAAAGUUGAAGCAGUGGAAGAAGAAGCUGAAUCUGUUAAGGGUGAAAAUGAAGAGGAAUCUGUUAAGGGUGAAGUAGAUGAAGAAGAAGAAGAAGAAUCUGUUAAGGAUGCAGUAGAAGAAGAAUUUGUCAAGGGUGAAGAAGGGUUUGAUGGAGAUAGCAAGGGUUGGGAUACUAAUAGUUGGAAUGAGAAUGUGAAUGAAGAGCUUGGUGGUGGUAGAGAUGCUGAUGGUUAUGGUUAUGGUGAUGGUUAUGGUGGUGGUUAUGGUGAUGGUUAUGGCUAUGGUGAUGGUUAUGGUUAUGGUGAUGUUGAUGGAGUUGAAGAGAAGGAAGAGAAAAGUGGUGAUGGGACCCACCAGUUCCCUUUGAGGCCUGAAGCUGAAGAUUGUUCAUUUUAUAUGAAGACUGGGAAUUGCAAGUUUGGAUUCAACUGCAGAUUUAAUCACCCUAUUAGGAGGAAAAACCAGGCUGUUAGGGAGAAGGUACGAGAAAGAGAAAGAGAAGAACCGGCAGAAAAUCCAGGCCAGACAGAAUGCAAGUAUUAUCAAAGGUCCGGGGGUUGUAAGUUUGGAAAAGCUUGCAAGUUCAACCACACAAGAGGGUUCACAGCACCAAUUUCAGAACUUAACUUUCUCGGCUUACCUAUUCGUCCGGGAGAGAGAGAGUGCCCAUAUUACAUGCGCACUGGCUCUUGUAAGUUUGGAUCAAACUGUAGGUUUAAUCAUCCCGAUCCUACAACUGUGGGAGGAGGUGAUCCUCAAUCAGGGUUUGGUAAUGGAGGGUCCGCUGCACUAAGAAGUGUAUCACAACAAUCUUCUGCCUCAUGGUCUUCUUCAAGAAAGUUGAACGAAACACCUUUUGUGCCAUUGGUAAUUACGCCUACUCAAGGACUUGCUCCCCAAAGUCCUGACUGGAAUGGAUAUCAGGCACCUGGCUACUUAUCUGAGAGGGUCAUGCAUCCGUCUUCUACAUAUGUCAUGAACAACCCAACAAUUGAAACAAAUGUUUACAUGCACCAUCAAAAGCAGAUGCCAAUUGAAGUGUAUCCAGAAAGGCCUGGUGAACCUGAAUGCAGCUUCUUCUUAAAAACCGGGGAUUGUAAGUUCAAAUCUAAUUGUAAGUUUCACCAUCCAAAGAAUCGAAUUGCAAGAUUGCCUCCUUGCAUCCUCAGUGACAAGGGCCUGCCUUUGAGACCUGACCAGAGUGUCUGCUCGCACUAUAGUCGUUAUGGAAUUUGCAAAUUUGGACCAGCUUGUAGAUUUGACCACCCAGAAAGUGCACUUCCCUUAAUGAUGCCUGGACUCGGACAGCAAUCCUACGGAAACUCGGAUAAUGCUCAGGUGGCUGGGAUGGGGGGAAGUGCAAGUGAUGGGACAAUUCAGCAAUCUGUGUAAACAUCUUUGUGAAGGAUCUUCUAUCUUUUUGGAUACAAUCACACCCAGAACCUGUAGUUUUCUUCCUAAACAUGAUACAUUUAAACUUUUAUGGCUCUGUGCAAUGCAAAAUGCAAGCUUUGCAGAGAAUAGCAGUAUCUAUAUAAGUCAAACAGUUUUCUUAUGUAUUUAUUACAAGUUACAUCCGCAUCUGCAGAUUGAUUACCUGCCAUUUCUGGUUUGGUUUCUCCUUUGGAUUAAAAUUAGAUUGUUUUGGAUGUUUGUGAAUGUCACUUUCUUGUUUAACAGUUGUC